UGUGUUGUUGAUGGCCGCGAUUUGACUUUAACCGAGGUAAAAUCAAGAGCUGGGUGGAUAAAUAAAGAUGACAGAGAUCAGUGUCGCAAUAUAGGAGGACACCAUGUGAUUGUGUCCCCGCAGUUACCAUCAGAAGUGUUUGAAAAACCAGAGGUGCAUUACAGUGUAUCCCUAUCUAGUGAUCUACUGAGUUAUCGAUGAAACAUAUGUGAAAGUGCUGCGAGCUUUUUGACUUCGUUUGGUUCCAUAACCGUCUCUGAUUUUUGAAGAAGGAAGGAAAAGGGUAUAGACAAACGACUUUGCUGCAUUUGACAUCUAAUUUGCACCAUGACCGUGUAAGGGAGACGUGCCCAAAUAGGACACAGAAAAGUGGGUCAUCGUAUAUAUUUAAUAAGGAAAUAUAGAUAGAGGACUACUCGUCUUAUCAGAUAGAUUUAUUGACUGUUCAAAUCACAAGAAUAAUCGUCAUGUGUAUAAUUCAGUUCUCUUGAUCGUGGCUGAAAAGGUCAUUGUGCAUUGUUGGAAUAUUUUCGAAAGGACUGACCGAAAAUCUCGAAUUUAGUUUUAUUAGCUUGUUUUAAUUAAGCAAGUUACUAUUGAAAAUAAAGCCUGGAUAUAUUGCGAUACCUGUAUGUAGACAGUGAUCAUAGUAUUGCAUUUUAAUUGGAUUUUAAUUCUGUAUUUGUGGUUUAGACUGGCUGCGUUUGAUUAUACUGUGCUCAAUGAAGGGAACUCAGUGAGUAUACGAAGAAUCGUUAUGUUGAAUCUAACUGCCAUAGAUAUGUCCACUGUAUGAAGCCAAAGCUGAAUUCUCAAUCCUAAUAUACAACAGGUGCCCCAUCAUAUUGUUCUGAAGCGGUUUUUGCCUUUGGAAAACGCAGUGUGUUACUCGCCAUUGCUGUGCAUCGAAGCUGAUUAUUGCUAGCCCGAGUUGAGUUGUGAUUUCCCAGGCUUGUUAAGAGCGUUCUAGUUGCAAAUCGUUUUGCACCCGAAUGGGUGUAGGUAUGUAGGUUAGCGGAACAUUAAAGUUCAAAUUCAUGCGUCAUCUGAAACACACGAGUGCAAUCUUUUGAUAAUAAAGGUGUUGAAGUAAAUGCGUGUCCGAAGUGAAGUCAGCAAAAUUUCUUUUAUUUUUCGUCAUCAGCAGAAUUCAAAGACAAUAUCACAAGAUUUUAUGGUCAGACUUGGAGCUGGAGUUCCAUGGAUAUUCAUUUGGUGGUUGCUACUGAAAACAUCGUGUGGAUUUUGUUGAUGGAUCGUUAUUAAGAAGGAGAUAAACAUGGAGAACUCGAGGGAUAUGUCAGUAUGGUACGUGAAGAGGAUUCUACUCAGCUGUUUCCUUUUAACGAAAGGUACAUUGGCAUAUUCGUUAACAAACCUAACAGCGACUUCACAUCCUGCUGUUUUUACCUCACAGAACUAUCCGGGUCUCUAUCCCACAUCAGUGGUCCAUUAUUGGUCUAUAAUGGCCCAGAAUAAAGGGGAUGUGGUGUCAGUCAGUGUGCUCGACUCAGAGAUAGAAUAUGGUAGAAACUGUCAACAUGAUUACGUCCGUAUUUAUGACGGUCCCUCCGAUUCUUAUUUACGUAUUGGAAUGUUUUGUGGUGGAAGUAAACCAGUUUUCAAAUCCACAGGAAGAACAAUUUACGUCAAAUUCAAAUCAGAUUCGUCCAAACCCUUUCGUGGUUUCAAAAUACAAUAUAAAAGUGUAUCAGCUCAACAAUCAGACGAAUUUACCUUCUCCACUAAAGCUGUGAUAUGUUCCGUUCUAGGCAUCUUAAGUACUUUUUUAUUGUUCGCCGCUGGAAAUUACUUCCUCCGAACAGCUCGCAAAUCCACAAGCUUCCGUCGUCCGUCCUUACGACGUCGCACACUAACGUCUGUAAUGUACAGUAUUUCGCAAUCAACCGGACAGACAAUAGUUUCGAUAGAAAACGGAACGAGAGUGCAGCGUUCUGCGACGGGUCUUAUCGUACCUGAUGACUCGACGUCUUCCAACGUUCCGGAAGACGCCACACCAAGUCUUCUGCCUCCGGAUUACGCAUCGGAAGCAAGCGACCGAAAUUCUCGAGGAUUUUCAAUGGUUUUGAACGUUCAUAAUUUACGUAUUGCGCCUCCGUCUUAUGAUUCGGUGCGGAGUGACGAGGAUGAUUCCAGUACAGUGCUAGGUGAAGCUCCGCCUGCUUAUGAAGAGAGUACAGAAGAGCGAGCGCGAAUCCAUCGAAGUAUGUCUUUGCCAUCGUAGACAAGCACUUAUUCAGUGAUACCUUUGAUAACGACGUCGGCUACGAACAAAUCCAUUAUGUGCAUACAUACAUUGUGUUUUAAUUACCAGCGACCAUUACUAGACCCAUUUCAAGGAUUCAUUAUUGUGCAGUGCCCACGGAGGAACAACCACUUGCGCUAUAUCCACUGGAUUGGUUACUUAUUUUAGGACUUGUAUUCGCUACAAUCACAAAUUCAGUGUCAUAAGAGCCUUUAAUAAGUGUGCAGUUGUGUACAAACUGUUACUGCACUGAUCUCAUUUGUCCUGGGCUUUGAUUUGUCAGAGCGUGUUUGGUAUCAUCUUCACAAUGCCUAACUAUUACGAAGUUCGUAAUAGCUUGACAUGGUUCAAUAGUGUAAAGACUGCAUCAUCAGAAAAACUCUAUUUAAAUUGGUUUUUGAACCAAGAGCUCAAAGCAAUUACAUGUUAAUCAUGUAUUAUAUACGUUGAUGAAUUGAUGUUGGAUAGUAAGUGAAAAAGUGAAGUGAAACGGAGUUGUAGAGUAAUUUGUGAUGACGGGAAGUAACGCCAUUAAAAGAAUGAAAAAUUUUCAAGGAAAUGGGACGUAACUCUAAUGAGAACCCAGACAUUAAAUGCCAUAGUCCUAAUAUACAAUUUUAUUCACAAAUUUUUACUUUUUACUACGCAAAUUAUAUAUUUUACCCUUUAUUAAAACAUUUUUUAUAUCGAAA